AUGGAGAAGCCGAGUUUCCCGGAACCUGCACAGCCCCUGCAGGGUGCGGAGCCCGGUUCCCUUGCCAAGGCGGCCGGGGCUGCAGGAGACGAGGAAGCCAGAGCUGCCAGUUCCAAACUCACUCAGUGUGCUUGCCUGAGACGCUGGCUCCCACUGGCCUAUAGGGAAGAACUCUACCAUGUCCUUCGACUCACGGGCCCACUGGUGCUGUCUCGGAUCCUGAACUUUCUCCUGCCAUUUGUUGUAACCAUAUUCUGUGGCCACAUUGGAAAUGAAGAGCUUGCGGGAUAUGCGCUGGCCUCGGCGACGAUCAAUGUGACGACAACGGCGACGGGCUACGGCCUCGCCGUGGCCUGCGACACACUCAUUUCCCAGACGUUUGGCAGUAAAAACUUGAAACGUGUCGGAGUCAUUCUGCAGAGGAGCUCCCUGAUCCUCCUGCUGGUGUGUCUGCCCUGCUGGGCCGUUCUCAUCAACGCUCAAAACCUGCUCCUCCUCAUGGGCCAGAACGAUGAAGUAGCAAGAAUUGCUCAUCUUUACGUGAUGACAUUUCUCCCAGCUGUCCCGGCGAUGUUCCUGCACCAGCUACAGGUUGCUUAUCUGCAAAACCAAGGGAUCAUCCUGCCUCAGAUGUACACAGCAGCAGCAGCAAACAUCAUCAACGUGGGAGUCAACUACGCCCUGAUCACCCACUUCCAGCUGGGUGUCAUUGGGUCGGCAAUCGCAAGCAGCCUUUCUCAGAUCACCAUCUGCCUGCUCUUGUUCAUCUACAUCAGAUGUAUGAAGCUCCAUAAGCAGACAUGGGACGGCUGGUCCACCGAGUGUCUGCAGGAAUGGGGCUCUUACAUGAAGCUGGCCGUUCCCAGUUUGUUCAUGGUCUGGUUUGAAUGGUGGAUCUGGGAGAUUGGAAGUUUCCUUGCUGGUAUACUUGGGGCUGAAGAUCUCGCUGCCCAGCAUAUACUGGUGGAAAUAGGAUCCAUAGGAUACAUGUUUCCUUUAGGCAUUCAAGCAGCUGCCUGCGUGCGCGUUGGAAACGCUCUGGGUGCCGGAAACACCAACAGAGCCAAAAUCACCUGCAAAGUGGCUCUGGUUCUCGCAGGACUGCUUGCAGUGAUCCAGGCUAUUGUCAUCGCCAGCAGUCGGUCCAUUCUCGGCCUCAUAUUUACUUCUGAUGGAAAUAUUCUGAGAAUCGUGUCAGAAAACCUCAAAGUCUACUUAUUUCUACAGUUCUUUGAUGCACUUCUGUGUGUUUCCUCAGGAAUUCUUGUAGGCGCCGGGAUGCAGAAAAUUGCUGCCUUUUCCAAUCUGGUGUGUUACUACUGCAUUAGCCUGCCAGUGGGCAUGGCUCUGAUGUUUACUGCCAAGCUCAGGCUUAUCGGCCUGUGGUUGGGCAUCUUCAUGUGUGUGUUCUUUGAGACGGGUUUCUUCAUUGGACUGAUCUUUAAACUCAACUGGAAAAAAGUCACAGUGAAGGCCCAACGGCGAGCCGGAAAGAAGAAUCUGAUCACACAGACGCGCCCCACCAGUUUAUUGCUGAAUGAAGCUGUGAUGCCCAGCAUCAACGAAGACAAAGCUCAGCUGUCCAGCGAGGGAGCUUCUACGACAGACGGCUACAGUCCUGUCGCUAAGGAGCUAAAAGCCGUUUAUGAGACCGAAGCCGGCGGCGCUGACGCAGGAGGGGCGAGAGACGGGGAUGCCGAGCAGAGCGCAAAGACUCCAAACAAGAAACCCAAAGCGCCCCACUCUGUCAAGCCCAGAUCCACUUUCAACCUGACCUGGGCGAAUGACUCAACACCAGACUCCAGAUCCACUUUCAACCUGACCUGGGCGAAUGACUCAACGCCCACAACGUUCGCCCUGUUCAACCUGACCUCAACCGUUUCAAGCCUCGUGUAA